AGUAAAAAGUAAAAAAGAAAAAAAGGGAAAAAAGAGAGAUGGGGAGGGGGAGGAUAGAGAUAAAGAGGAUAGAGAACUCAAGCAACAGGCAGGUGACAUUCUCCAAGAGGAGAAAUGGGAUGCUCAAGAAAGCCAAGGAGAUCAGCGUCCUCUGCGACGCCCGCGUCUCCGUCGUCAUCUUCGGCAACUCCGGCAAGAUGCACGAGUUCUCCAGCUCCCCGGUUGUGGAGAUUCUGGAUCAGUACCACAAGCUGACUGGAAAAAGAUUGUGGGAUGCUAAGCAUGAGGAUCUGGAGAAUGAAAUCAAUAGAGUCAAGAAAGAGAAUGACAACAUGCAAGUUGAGCUAAGGCACCUGAAGGGAGAAGACAUUUCAUCUCUGAGCUACAGAGAGCUUAUGUACUUGGAGGAUUCCCUUCAAAAUGGCCAAAGGAUCAUCUCUGAGAAACAGAUGGAGGUUUGGAGGAGCAUUACAAAACGAAUUCAAGGUGCUGGAGAAGAGAAUGAACAUCUUAGAUACCGGAUGAGACAACUGGAGAUUGCGGAGAUGAACCGGAACAUGGGAGAGAUAGGCGGCGGCGGCGGCAGUGGCGGGGGUGGAGAAGUGUUCAACCACCACCAGGAGAGAGAUCAUCAAGGCGGCGGCGGGGGCGGCGAUCAUCAUCAGAUGCUGCCAUUCACCUUCUGUGUGCAACCCAUGCAGCCCAAUCUGCAUGACCACCACCCAUCCACCAUUCUUCAUAAUUAAUUAAUCAUCCAUCCAUGCACCGUUUUUAUUCAUCUUUAAUUACUCUUUCACUUUCUUUUCUUCUUUUUUUUUUAAAAAAAUAAGUUUACUCAAUCACU